AUGAAAACACUGAGUGAAAUGUCGCCGCCCUUUGCAAGCAUUCUAUGGAGCGAGUCAUCCUUCAAGGGUUUCGUCGGUGCUGAGUCGAGAACGAGAAAUUCGUCAAAGUUAAUUCCUUAUCCGGGAUACAGUUACAAGUACUCGUACGCUCCCUACUCGCAAAAUAUUCUCUACGGUAUGCCACCACAUAGCGGAAUGCUGUUAAGAUUCCUCGCCAGCCCGUUCCCAUUCGGUGGUCAUCAUCGAACGGCAUUCAUCGGCCCCAACAAAUACCACCAUUUCGGUGGUUGGGGUGGUCAUAAGUACUAUUCAUCGGCAUGGGGACCAGUCUGGUAA